CAAGUCUGUAAGAGGACACGGGUCCAACUCUCACUACGGAUGACUAAAAAUGUAACAAUUGCAGAUAUUUAUUGGAGAGAUGCGGGUCUGCUAGCUGGCAACUGUCCAGGUACCCUCGAGCAAGCGCGGACAGAACACUUUCGGUUACGGGGUGUCAAUGAACGCAUCGCCAUCGUUCGACGACAGUCGGAGAGUCGCAGAAUACGAGGCGUACGGGAACGCAUCGCGGCCAUUGUAGGGAGGAGGAAGAGAAGGAGAGUCAUCCUGUUUUCUCCUUUCACCGUCAUCAGACUGGACGUCCACUGGCCUCAUUUUAGUGGUUUACCAUAAAGGUCCGGUACCGGACGACUCCUGAGUCCAGGAGACGCCGCUGUGGAGUUAUUAGCUUUUCUGUUUUGUCGCCGCACUACCGCCAGACACCGGCUACUUUCCAUUGGCCGCAUCCAGAAGCGGAGCUUCUAGAGGCUUUCUUCCUGACAAGGCCCCCGGUACAUCACUGGAAGUGUGGACGUGUUUUCGUGACAGUUCCAAAUCUAAUUCGACGUGUUAUUUUUGUUUGUUUUUUUAAAAAAAAAAGUCUGGGACAAAAGCGGCUAGCCCGUGAGCCAGCUAGCUUCCUAGCCCGCUGCGGUUGGCCCCUUUAAUGCUCCGUGUUACUGAGGACAUUUGCUGCUUAACCUUCGGGAUCAUCCUGUUAGCGACGCCGUCUGUCCACCGGAAUGCGGCGAUAGAGCCGAAGGGCCGGGAGACAGUGAACCCCCAUUAAAGGUGGGUCGAAAGUCGGGCCUCUUGUGUAUUUCUUCCUUUUUCGAUGAGGCCGAGUUGGUGGAGCUGCGUGGAGUUCACUGGACUCUUUGCCGUGGUGCCUUCACGGACCCUCACCAUGAAGAUUGUAUGAGAGUCCACCCAGUUCCCUCAAAUACGCUGCGUCUGUUGUUGUUGUUGGCAGCCAGAGGGUGUCUUGUCUGGUCACGUGUGUACGUUAAACACCACAGUCUGCUCAUUUCCCUUCUUCUCCUGACCGGAAUCGCACUCAGGGACGAGCAUGUCUUUAUUACGCGCCGCACUGCCCGGAAACGAGCGGAACCCGGAUCAUCACACCUCACUGUCCACCAGUCGCUCAGACAAGGGCUCAGGCUGGUCCAGCCGCUCACUGGGCGCUCGAUGCCGCAACUCCAUCGCACUGUGCUCAGACGAGCAGCCGCACAUCGGAAACUACCGGCUGCUCAAGACCAUCGGCAAGGGCAAUUUUGCCAAGGUCAAACUGGCGCGACACAUCCUCACGGGUAGAGAGGUUGCAAUAAAAAUCAUUGAUAAAACACAACUCAACCCCACAAGUCUACAGAAGCUUUUUCGCGAGGUACGCAUCAUGAAAACCCUCAACCAUCCCAACAUAGUCCAGCUUUUUGAAGUCAUAGAGACUGAGAAGACUCUGUACCUGAUCAUGGAGUAUGCCAGUGGAGGGGAGGUGUUUGACUACCUCGUGGCUCACGGGCGCAUGAAGGAGAAAGAGGCCCGCGGCAAGUUCCGACAGAUCGUUUCAGCUGUCCACUACUGCCAUCAGAAGAACAUUGUUCACAGAGACUUGAAGGCGGAGAACCUGCUGCUGGAUGCCAACUCCAACAUCAAAAUCGCUGACUUUGGCUUCAGUAAUGAGUUCAUGGCGGGUAACAAGCUGGACACCUUCUGCGGCUCUCCACCCUAUGCCGCACCAGAACUCUUCCAGGGCAAGAAGUACGACGGCCCCGAGGUGGACAUCUGGAGCCUGGGCGUCAUCCUCUACACACUGGUCAGCGGCUCGCUCCCCUUUGACGGCCAAAACCUGAAGGAGCUGCGUGAGCGUGUCCUGAGAGGGAAAUACCGCGUGCCCUUCUACAUGUCUACAGACUGUGAGGGAAUCUUGCGCCGCUUUCUUGUCCUCAACCCAUCCAAGCGCUGUUCGCUGGAGCAAAUCAUGAAAGACAAGUGGUUGAACGUGAGCUAUGACGGAGAGGAGCUGAAACCUCACAAAGAGCCCGAGGAGGACUUCGACGACACUGCCCGCAUCGAUGUGAUGGUAGGGAUGGGCUUCACCAGGGAGGAGAUCCGAGAUUCCCUGGUCAGUCACAAGUACAAUGAGGUGACUGCCACGUACUUGCUGCUAGCACGCAAGAGUGAGGUCGAAAACAGUGUGACCCGGUCGGGUAGCAGUCUCAGUCUGGCUCGCGUCAGGCCCGGCACCAUCGCCAAUGGUACCAGCAAACACUCUACUUCCUCCUCUGGUGCUACUUCCUCCUCCUCAGCCCAGAAGCCACAACGCAGCGUCUCCACCUACCAGCGCCAGAGACGACACUCUGAUUUCUGUGGUCCGGCAGCACCCGGGUCGGCUCAUCCCAAGCGAAGCCCUAGCGGUGUGGGAGAAGCAGCCGGGCUCAAGGAGGAGAGGCUCUCUGUCCGUAAACCCAGCAACAAUGCCGUUGGCUCUCGGAGCAUCCCAACACCCUCCAGUCCAAUGGUCAGCUCUGCUCACAAUCCCAACAAAGCCGAGAUUCCCAACAGACGCAAGGAUGCCAACUCUGCCACGAAUAACGUCUCAGCUAGUGGCAUGACACGAAGGAAUACGUACGUGUGCAGCACGGACAGACACUCGUUGCUGCAAAAUGGCAAAGAAAACAGUUCCUUUUCCCACCGGUUGGCCCCCGCCUCUCCCUCCACCCACAGCAUCACCGGCGCGUCGGCUUCGUCGUCGUCCUCGACCUCCACGCCCUCCUCACGUCUCUUCCGGGGCUCCACGGCCAGGAGCACCUUCCACGGCGGGCAAAUCCGAGACCGGAGGCCGCCCUUACACAUGGCGCCGGCCUCGCCCACACUGCCGCACGACACCAGCGGCACUCCGCCCAGUGCCAGGACCCCACGCGCCACCAGCAACCUGCUCAGCAAGCUCACCUCCAAGUUGACCCGGAGGGUCACUCUUGACCCUUCUAAGCGUCAGAGUUCAAACAAAUCCGUGUCAGGCUGCAACCUCCCGCAGGCCACAAAUACAGUUAACGAACCUGAGAGAAUCAUCAGAUCUCCGGUCACAAGUCGCCAUCUAUCUGGGCAUCAGAAAGCGUCCGAGCAGCCCCGGACCCCCCGAUGCGGCUGGGAUGUGAGGGUGCGCAGCCCCCGCGACCCGGCCGAGGUGGUCCUGGCUCUGCGGGAGGCGGCCCAGGGUUGCGGCUGCCAGGUCCACCUGGCGGGCCCCUUCCUGUUGUCCUGCACGCACGGAGCAGCCGGGGCCCGCGUGGCCUUUGAGGCCGAAGUGUGCCAGCUGCCCGGCGGGCCGGCGCAGAGCAGCGGUGUGCGCUUCAAGCGCCUCUGGGGGGCGCCGCUCGCCUUCAGGGACAUCGCCACCAAAGUGUCCAAGGAGCUGGAGCUCUGAGGGCUGCGCGCGGGGACUAAGUCUGUAAUGAGGGAAGAAGAUGAGGGCGCAAACUCCUUGCGGUGCGUCCGCCAAAGACCCUCAUUCUGUGUCCCACCUUGAACUGCUGUAAACAAACAAAAAGAGAACUACACACACACAAUUUAUUUCAUCAUGUUUGACUGAUCAGCUACCAACGAGUGUUAGGACCACAUUCAAAACAACAACAAAAUACUCAUUAUACAACCACAAAAAAACUCAAUCUUAGGAGACUAAAGUCAUAUUCUUCCAGGAAAAAAAAGAUAUCUCAUGAGAAUACGCAAAUUAUAUUAAAGGACAGAAAUAUUGUAUUUUUCCAAGAAAAAAACAAUUUCUUGAAAUUAAAAAAGACAAUAAUUUGGGUAUUGUCAUAGGUUUUUUUGAGAAAUUAUGACAUAAUCGCAAGUGGAUUUAAAAUAAUUGUAAAAAAACAAUAAAAUAAAGUUUAGACAAUGCAGAAUUUUAUUAGAAUAUUGUAUUCUUUCUUGGAGGGAAAAAAAAUAAGAUUUUGUUGGCGAGAAAACAAGAAAUAUUGAGAAUAAUGUUUGUUGCGGGAAAAGAAAAUUGUAUUUCUUUGAAGAAAAAUUUAUUUUAGGAAAGAAAAACAAGUCAUCUUUGGAAAAUAAAAUGGUUUUCUUUUUUUUUGAGAAGAAAGGUUGUUUUUUUUAAUCGCAAAACUUGAGAAUAGUCCUUGUUUUGAGAAAAACAAAAGAUAAUUGCAUUGGAGGGAGAAUAAAAUCUGAUAAAAAUUGGUCUGAGGAUUUGUUCAAGAAAGUCUUAAUAUUCCUCUAAUAAAGUGUUGGUUUUAGGAGGGAAAGUCAUGUUUGUCAGAAAAGAAUUCCCAUUUAAAAUGACUUUUUCUUCAUUAAAAAAUGACUUUAUUCUCAAUAAGAUUCCCCCCCCCCCCCCCCCCCCACACACACACACACACACACACAAAAGAGACUUAUAAUUAUGUAAAAGGCAGCACAGUGGAAGUGGUUAGCACACCCUGCCCCACAGUUCUGAGGACCCAGGUUCAAAUCUAGCCUAGCCUGUGUGGAGUUUGCAUGUUCUCCCCGUGCCUGCGUGGGUUUUCUCCGGGCACUCCGCUUUCCUCCCACAUCCCAAAAACAUGCAUGGUAGCUUGAUUGAAGACUCUAAAUUGCCCGUAAGUGCAAAUGUGAGAGCCAAUGGUUGGUUGGAUUAUAUGUGCCCUGCGAUUGGCUGGCAACCAGUCCAGGGUGUACCCCACCUGUCACCCGAAGAUAGCUGGGAUAGGCUCCAGCGUGCCCACGACCCAAGUGAGGAGAAGCGGUACGGAAAAUGGAUGGAUGGAAAAUGAUGUAAGAUCCCAACUUUAUUCUGGGCAUAUAUUUUUUGUUCGUUUCAAUGUGGCCCUAAUACUUGUUCAUAAUUAGGUAUGAUAUUUUAUUUUCAAAUAGAUUUCGCAUCAUUCCUUUUUGAAGCGCUGCUAUUUAUGGUCACAUUUAUCAACUUUAUUGAUAAAAAGCACGGACAGACAGCAAACAUUGUGUGUAGCAGGUCCUGAGGUAGCAAUGAUGUACUCUGACCGCCAACUUCGAGAGGGUAACAUUCAGUGAACACAGUUCUACUCUCACCCUCGCAAAUACAGUACUUCCUCUUCCUAUUGUAGUUUUUUUUUGUUGUUUGCUGAGUGGGAUGGAUUUCAUGGUUCACACUCGCACACCUUUGGCCACCUAGCAUCGCAAUGUUAGCAUUCAAUUAGAAUUUAACAAAUCUGCAAAGUUUACCUUUUUGCGUUAAUGAUAUUCCAUCGUCGUCAAUCCAAGCGUUCAAUUGGACUUUUAUGAUGUAUUUGCCUUUCGCUACCUGGCAUCGCAAUGUUAGCAUUAGCAUACAAAUGCUGUUUAACAUUAAAAAUAAAUAUUGGAUGUAAUUUGCUGUCAUUGUCUUAAAGUUGAGAGCAAGCAUCCACCCAAAUUUCUGUGAUGUACUUAUUGGUUAAAGGUACCAUAUUUUACUAAACCAACUUUUUCUCGUAUUUGGGAUGUUAUUUUGGCUCUAUGGUGCCUCAGUAAAUAUUUUAAACAUGGAUUAAAAUUGUCCCAGCAUUCCAGAGACGUUUUUCUGCUGAGAGGCCUGAAAUCGGGUCAUCCAAAUUUCUCAAGCUUAUCUACGUCAAUAGCGAAGAUCUCCGCCUAUCUCUCCGCCCCCGAACCAGCGCUGUCAACAUAACAUACAUUUGCGCUCACAAGUAGUGAGGGUUGGGUCUUUUACACGGAAGCAACCAAUCAGAGGAAAGGGGGUGUUCUUAGCCAAAUAUGGACAAAGCAGAUACAAAACUGUUGUCAAAAUAGUAGUAGCUGUCAGAGGGGGCUUUUCUGGACUCUAGUAUAACAAAACCAAGGUGUUUUUCGAAAUUAAAUGGACUUUUUAUACUAAGUCCAUGUUAGAGAGUCACUCUAUGAACCUUUAAUGCUCGUACAUCUUUGGCUACCUAGCACUGCAACGUUAGCAUUAACACACAAAAGCUGUUAAAUGUAAAAAAAAAAAAAAUAUUAUAUAUAUAUAUAUAUAAGAAAAAUGGGACAACAUAUACCAUCUCCAAGCAGUUAAUAAGUGUCAAAACCGAUCGCUGUGGUGUAUUUGUUGGUUAACACUAACACACAAAUUUUGCUGCCUAGCAUCACAAUGUAGGUAUUAGCACACUAAUGUUGUUAAAACUUAUAAAAAUAUCCGAAAUAUGAGACGUGAUAUCCUGUCAUCUUCUCCAAGCAGUUGCCAAGCGUCUAAUCCGAUUGCUGUAAUGUAUUUGUUGGUAAAUACCAACACCACACCUUUUGCUGCCUAGCUUCCCAAUGUUAGCAUUAGCACACAAAUGCUAUUCAACAUAAGAUAACAAUAUUGGGUGUUUUCAACAAUUAAAUGAUAUCCCAUCAUGGUCUUAAAGCUUACUACCAAUCUGAAUGCUGUGAUGUAUUUGUUGGUUCACGAUCACCCAAGCCUCCAAUCAGAUUGCUGCGAUUCAUGUGUUGGUUUGUACACCUUUCGCUAUGUAGCACAACGUUAGAAUUAAGACGCAAAUGCUAUUUAACGUAAAAGAAUAUACAAAAUAUCUGAUGUGAAAUCAUUUUACCACAGUUAGCAAGCGUCCAAUCCACAGCUAUACCAGCGCGCCGUAGCAGCCCGGCUAAGCUACGUGCCUACGUUGCGGCCCCAUCGUACAAUCAAUGCAUAUACAUUGAAAAUAAGUCAUAACUUGUUCAUUUCUCAAGCGAUUUUCAUGACGUUUACUAUGUUAUCGUGCCGUCCACAGACAUGGAAUGCGCCGCCACUUUGUCCCAACCAGCUUUAACGUCGCCUUAAGCACGCAGCUCAAAGGGGUGUGUCGUAUCUACCUAUUGUUCAUAUUUAUGGUUAAGUCCAAUUGCUGAGACUGGUCCCUAGACUCCUAACAGCCACUAGGGGGCAUAUUUGUGUGCUAUCUGGAAAGUUCUAUGAUAGACUGUGAUGUAUGAACAUGUUGUUAUAAUCAUCCCGUUUUUUUUGUCGUUUCGGAUUUGAACAUUCAUGUAAAAAUUCUCAGGUAAUUAAAGUCAGUACUAUAAAAAAAAAAAAAUAAGCAGCUCAGAAACGUUUAUGAACGUAGCAUUGCACUACACAAUGCUACAGUACUACCUGGACAACAACACAUCGUUCUGCGGGUGUAACAAAGGAAUGAUGAUCUGCGUUAAAGGCGUGUGACUGUCAACCACUGAAAAGACAAAAAGCUUCAAGUGUCAGUAUGUGGCUGGUCUUCAGCUGGUGCCUGAAGACAUCAAGCUGUGAUUUUUCUUUUCUUUCUUCUUUUUCUUUCGGGCCUCCAGGACAUCACUUUAGCGCCUUUUGUAGCCAUCACAGUUUUUAAUUUAUGGAGUGAGCUGCAGUCCUCAAAACAUCACGUGUGACAAAUAAAGACUUUCAACUGCUGAUAUUUCA